GGCCUCACGGCACGGCGAGUAGUAGUGGAGGAGUAGCCUUCAGUUGUCACGCCGCUGCCCCACCGCGAGGACAGCCCGUAUCACCUGCCGUGGCACCCGCGCCCCCCGUCUACGCGAACGCCCGAGUACGCGCUCGUGUGUGCGUGUGUUUGUUUUUGCUGUGUUUGUGUUUCGUGCGCGAGUCUUGUCGGAUAAAACACUCUGUGCAUUUCGGACGAUGGACGGGUAGCAGCGCCCCACCGCCGCCGCCGCCGCCGCCGCCGCCGCCGCCCCCGCCGCCACCAUGUUCCAGCUCAGCCAGGAGUCGAGCGUCAUCUACCAAGAGGCGGUCCCGUACCACGACCUGGACGUGCCGCGGCGCCGCUUCUACCGCUAUGUCCGCACCACGUCGUCGUCCGUCACCAGCUCGUCGUCGGCGUCCUCUUCGCCGUCGAGGCGGCCCGUCGAGCCGCUCGCGCCCCACAACCGCAUCCUCGACGACGACACGCCGGCCAGGAAGCUGCUGGCGCUCCGCGGCCUGCACGGCGUCCCCGGCGGCGUCCGCCACUACUCCAGCAGCACCGACUACUACCUGCACGUCAGCACCAGGUUGGUACCCAGUACUCGGUCAUGCGUUUCUCGCCCCUGUCGCCGCAGCAGGUGAGUACACUGCGCGGACAGAGCGGACUGUUUGAGCAGCGCGACUGUCUCCCCCGGGAGGUGAGGUACUAUGUACCGGGCGUGGCCUUGCGCCGCGCGCUGCAAGACCCAUAAGCAAACUGACCGUCAGCCGGCCGAGUCCAUAAAUAGGAAUAAGGAGAUUCCGCGUUUACAAAAGAAGAAAAAAAUAUUUCAAAAAUUAUGGAGCAGAGGUUUCUGCUCUUCGUUGACAUACGGUGAUGGUAGUGCAACGAGUCUCACAGAUGCAGGGCCUGCAGGCGUCUUUGCGCGCUCUUAUCUCGUCCCUUUUUUCUAUGCGAGGGGGUUUUCGCAGCGUUGUGCGCUACCUGCAGUGCACUCGCAUGCCUAAUCAGAAUGCAUGAAAUUUACGCGCGCUAUCAACGCCGCGCGCCACAGACCCGCUAGGCGCGUACACGGCGGGGCGGGGCGCGGCCGGAAGUGACUUCCGGUUGCCGCAACUCGGCGGCGCCGUGGACAGCCACAUCCCCCCAUACGUGAGGCCCGCGGCGGCUUGACGCGACUGCGCAGGUUGAGGUUAUGAUUGCACUUGGCCCAA